CCGGCCGGGCUGCUGUCAGAGACGCAGUGUAUGCUGAACCGCUGCGGCCGCCGGCUGCUGCACGACCUGGGUCUUCGUUUCCCGCUGGUGACCCGCCGGCCGUUUUUCCUCUGCCCUCACCGCCUCAUGAAGCCGCUGGUCGUGUUCGUUCUUGGCGGUCCCGGCGCCGGCAAAGGGACCCAGUGCGCCCGCAUCGUGGAGAAAUAUGGCUAUACACACCUUUCUGCAGGAGAACUUCUUCGUGAUGAAAGGAAAAACCCAGAUUCACAGUAUGGUGAACUCAUUGAAAAGUACAUUAAAGAUGGAAAGAUUGUGCCAGUUGAGAUAACCAUCAGUUUGUUAAAGAGGGAAAUGGAUCAGAUAAUGGCUGCCAAUGCUCAGAAGAAUAAAUUCUUGAUUGAUGGGUUUCCAAGAAAUGAAGACAACCUUCAAGGUUGGAAUAAGACCAUGGAUGGGAAGGCAGAUGUAUCUUUCGUUCUGUUUUUUGAUUGUGAUAAUGAGAUCUGUAUUGAACGAUGUCUUGAGAGGGGAAAGAGUAGUGGUAGGAGUGAUGACAACAGAGAGAGCUUGGAAAAGAGAAUUCAAACCUAUCUUCAGUCAACAAAGCCAGUUAUUGACUUAUAUGAAGAAAUGGGAAAAGUCAAGAAAAUAGAUGCUUCUAAAUCUGUUGAUGAAGUUUUUGAUGAAGUUGUGAAGAUUUUUGACAAAGAAGGCUAACUAAACCUGAAAGCAUCCUUGAAAUCAUGCUUGAAUAUUGCUUUGAUAGCUGCUAUCACAAUCCCUUUUUAAGGCAAUUUUAAUCUUUCAUAAUUACAUCACAAUUAGUGGCCAGAAAGUAUAUAGUAAGACAAAUUAAAUUUUUUUAUCUUCAAUUUUUUUUUUUUUUUUUUGUCACAGGAGUAGACAAUGAAUUCGGGUCUAAACUUUGUCUUAGCUAUGGUGCUCACAAAACAAGGAAGGGCAUUAGCUAGUUCUUUGUUUUUAUUCGAUAAGGAUAUCCCUUUUAUAGUUUGUGCCUUCUGUGAGCAAAACUUUUUAGUAUGCAUAUAUCCUUUUAGUGAUUACAACGUGUCAGGAUUAGGGAUUCCUCACUUCCUCUUUUUCUUGCAGGUUUUAAAUUUCCAACCUGUUAAGUGAAUUUAUGGACCAAAUUCCAAAGGAACUUUUUGUGUAGUUAGUUCUUGCACAAUGUGUUUGGUAAACAAACUCAUAAGAUGAAUUGCUAGAAGUGUUUUAGUAUUUAUCCAAUAACUGACUAUAUCCUAUAAAAAGGUAAGAAAACUUAGCUAUGUUUUAGUUUUAAUACAAUUUGUACAAAGUUGUAUGACAUGGCAUAGUCUGCUUCCAGGGAUUGGGAUGAGGGCACUGGGGGUUCAGAGCCUGGCAGAAUUGUCAGCUUUAUUCUGACAUAAAUCUGAGGAUAAGGGACAAGGGUCAUAUCUAAUGACAUGAGUUCCUUAUGCUCUAUUAUAUAGUGUUAUUAAUGAUUAAAUUGAUCUCAACAAAAUUCCUAGCAGUGAAACCUUGAAAUGCAUGUACUAGAUUUACGGUAAAAUGGUUUGGGGGUUUUUUUGGUUUGUUUUCUAGACUAAAUUUAAGGUUAGUAUAAAGUAGAAGAAAUCUAAUGGUUAAAUUUCUCAUUUGUAUUUUAUUUCCUUGAAUAUUUUUUCAUAGUUAUUUGUUUAAGAAGAUUUAAAAAUCACUGCACUUUGGUCAGAAAAAUAAUAAAUAUAUCUUAUAAAUGUUUGAUUUCCUUCCUGGCUACUUUUAUUCAGUAAAUUAUUUUUUGGCAUAUGUUGAAGCAUGAAAAGGUACAGAAUAAAAAAGAAGGCUGUAGAGUCCAAAGGAAUUUUUCCUUAAAUUUAUUCUUCCUUUAAAAAUCUCUGAGAAAUUUAUUUUCUCCAUUCUUUUUUUCUGACAUCACCAAUGCAAAGUGGUAUCAAGGUUUUUAUUAAAAUGUUUCUCGUCUUCAGCACCUUUUUGACUUUGUAUAAUUAACAUAAUUAAAAUUUGACUUUGUAUAAUUGUUAAUAUAAUUAAAUUUUUAUAUUUAAAGCCA